AUGAUCCUCCACAUCCGCUCCAAAUAUACCGCCGUCGGCCAGAAGGAAAUUGUCCACUUCUUCUACUUCUAUGCCUUCGUCACCCUCUCCUCCUUCCUCGACAGUGGACUCAUUCCCUCUAGCUCUAAAAUCUACCCCUAUUUUGCCGCAUUCAAAACCGGCAUGCUCUUGGCUCCCUUCUGGUGUCUGCCAGUCAACAGUUUCGUUGGCUUCCAAUUUGCCGAAGACUCGCUACAAGGGAGCUGUUUGGCGGUGUUCAGUCUGAAGUUUUUCGUCGAAAUAGCGACAUUCAACUCGCUGGCCUCCUUCUCUUCCUCCCAGCCAACGGCGCUCUGGAUCAUCAUGUACAUCUUCAACAGGGCCUGCGUAGCCAUCUACGUGAUCCUCCAGCUCUUGCUCGUCGUCCGCACCCUUGAUGACCGCUGGCCAAUCGGCGACAUCCUCUUCGGCCUCGGCUUCUUUGUUGUUGGCCUUGUGCUCAUCUACGGCUUCAGUCUCACCAUCUGCUUGGCCAUCACCCACUACGUCGACGGCCUGUUCUUCUCCCAGCUCUGCUUCCUCCUCGCCGUCAUGAUGGUCUACAAAAAGUCCGUCCUCCCUCUUCCCCCGUUCCCCCCGUCCCAACCACUGACUAGCCCUUUUUUUCGCCGAAUGGCCGAUUUGUGA